GUUAACGGCAAAAUGUUUUAUUAAAAUUCUAAAUUUACGGGUGCUUUUACUAUAAAUAAAUACAAAAAUAUAUUGUGUGUGGUGAACAUGUAUUGAUUAUUAAGUAAAUCGUUGGUUUGAUGAAGGGGGCAGGCGAAGAUGGAAUCCCCAGACAUCAGACCAGCUGUAGAAAGUCCUGAAAAUAGUCUUUACGAUUAUCGAAGUAACGUCAGUAACAUUAUCAGCGACAGAAUGGCCAGCGCUAGUUCAGCAGAUGUUACUAAACACAGUGGUAAUUUAUAUUCAGGGAAAUCAAAAACGAAAUCAGGACAAAAAGAACUAAGUUUAAACACAUUUAGAACAACUCGAAUACCAGUGUCUACGUGCAGAGGAGGCAGAUCAAGCAUAUCUCCUUUGCAAUUCUCUAGUAGAGACAGCGGAAUUGCGACAACAAGUAACCUAAAUGGUUCUACUGAUCAAUCUCAAUCAAAUCAACAGAAAAUUUCAUCAGGUAAUAGAAUUGAAAGCAGAUUAACCCGUAUGGGAAGUUUAAAGCCAAGUCAAAUUCCACUUCGGAAGUACGGUGCAAGAACGAUUAUAAGCGACACAAAAUCGGAAGGACAUACAGAUAAAGUACCAACAAACAAAAAUGUACACACAGUGCCACUGGUAUAUAAACCAGAACCCAUCGAAGUACCAUUUACAUCUGGAGAGAGUACCACCCAUUUGGAAAUAUCACCGACGACGAGCACACUGAGACAGUCCGAACAAAUGGUUUACGACCUUAAUAACGAGAUUCCCUUCGAUACUUUACUUUCGUAUCCAAGAAGUUUAAGUUCUGAGUUUACGCUAGAUAGCGAUGAUACCAGUGGCAAACAUAUUUAUAACGAUAAUUUUAUGACUGGUUUUCCAAGAGGUGAAAAGGUGACUGCCGUAUAUGACUCCAUCAUUGUGGCCACCAAUAAAAUCAAGGCGGUCAAUGAAAAUGUUAGCAGAUGGUUGAAUGACGAGUUCAAAAUACCAUUAGACAGGCCUCCAAAAACGUCAAGCACAUGUCGCUAUUGCAGCAUGACAGAAAGUUCCAGAAAUUCUGACAGUAGUCCGGCAUACUACGUCACAGAUAACAUGGACCUUAAUGUGAAGAAAGAGACGAUCAACAACCCGAUAAAAGUGGCUUGGCACGACAUAAAUAUGAUAGAAAACUUUGCAGAUAAACAACUAUUGAAGCAGAGAAAGUCUCAACUAAAAGUUGGAGAAGUAACAACUUUAAAUUAUAAAACUGGUAAUGCGGCUUACGUGGUUUUGGAAACUCAAGGAUACAAAUGCAAAGAUACAGGUCCAGGUGUAAAUAUUGAUUUGCAAUAUCCAUCGUAUUCGACGAUGCCAGACGGAGGAAUACCAGUGCCUUCUUACACAGUCUGUCCGUCAGAAGUACUGCAGAAAACUACCAAUUUUGAAUGCUUCGACUCAAUUCCCACUAGCAUCACAACGGGCCUGGACAUUCGCGGCAACGUCUCUAGCCAGUUCACCAUGGAACACCCCAAUGAGUACGCCGUGUUGGAUGCCUGGUGCCCCCACAUUAACCCCUCGCAAAACUACCUGAAUAUCAAGUGCACCAAUUGCCCCCCAGAUAAAGCUUGGGCUCUGAGAGAGAAUCAGGAUGGCUUCAGUGAUGGAACUAAAGAUUCUGGACCUCCAGCUCGGCAGCAUUAUAUGGAAGAAAGUAGAAAAAUGUGUGCACAAAAAAGUGCGAUUAGAAAUUGUGGCAAAUCGCAACUACCGAGCAAGAAGUACAAAGUAUCCCGCCAGAUCAAAACCCUUCGUUCUCGGUAUCUGCAACAGCGGCGUUGGAUUCACGUGUGGAAGAAGAAGACGAAGUGGCACACUUGGGCGAGAUCACCCUUCAAGUUUAAGAAGUUCCGCAUGCUUCAUCAUAUGCAACGAGCCGUGCUCUGGGAAGAUGUGGACGUCCAAACUAACAUUGUUGUCUUUCGGGAGAUUGGCACCGGAAUGGCUAUGUGGCAAUUGAAGUCCGCCUGCGUCACCACUUCGGCGAACUUCGGAUUCCUCAGGCAUACAUGCGAUAUUAAAAAAUCUGAGGUACACGAAAAAGACCGGCUGUCAUUCCGGUUCAAACUCCCAUUCAAACACAUAAAUGUAGGCCCUUCGAGAUUCCCAUUCGCCCGUGACUCCCACGCAAAUUCACUGCCGCUUUCGAAGAAGUCGACGAUGGAAUCAUUGAAGAAGCGCAGAGAGAGUUCGUCGGAACCUUACAGAAGUUUCGGGUUUUUACACAAACCCAACUUCAAAUGCUAUGUUAAUCACCAAGAUAAAAUGAGCCGUUCACUGAGUCCUAUAGAAUUUGAAAAAGAAAUGAUGGAAACACUCCUAUGCACGGAGGCUAAAAUCGACCAGUUACUGAGCCCAAUAGAAAUGGAAAAGAAUAUAAAGGAUGUUGCCAUUUGUACUAUUACAGAGCCUAAAAUUAAUAAGUCGUUGAAUCCAAUAAUAGAAAUCGAAAAAAAUAUUGCACAUAGUGUCAUAUAUACGAAUACAGAAACAAUUCGUCCGAAACUUACACAAAAAGAAAUUUCUAUAACCAAUAUUUCAGUAGAUGUCGACGAUAGGAAACGGUAUAAGGUUUUGCAAAACACGUCCACGGAACCCAUUCGAUUUAAAGUCGAAAAUUCCUAUACCCAGACAUUUUAUCUAACAAACUCUGGAAUAUUGAAGAAAGAUGUAAAGAAAGAUACUCAUACUAAAAUGCAUCGCUCAUCGAACCCUGUUGAAUUUAAAACAGAAAUUGGGAGUAAUUACAUAAGCACAGAUACAACGUCUCCGAAAUUCAUAAAAAAAGAAAUAUCUAGAACUGAUAUUGCAAUGGAUUCGGCAAUUUUGAAACGUUACCAGAAGAUUUUGCAAAACACUUCCACGGAACCAAUAAAACAAAAGUUCGAAAAUACAAAUACCCAAACUGUUCAUCUUACAAAUUCUAUUGGAUUAUUAAAAAAAGGUGAUGAAGAUGGAACCCAAAUGCCGAAGCCGACGACACGGCUAAAGGAAUUUGGGACACAGCAGUCGCGCGAUUGGAACAAACCGAGAAAUGUUGCUGACAAAGAAUUGUGUACUGAGGAACGUAUUCGACCAAUGGCGCUGUCUCAUUAUACGAUUGUAGUGAAUGGAUCACGCGAUUAUGAAACUACGUCAAAUGGUCGAAGUAUCAUUUUGCCAUAUGCUUUCGAUAAUAUUUGCCGAUGUCAUAAAAGUAAACCAAUAACAGACAACAAACAAACAAUGAAAAAAAUUCGACUGGAGAGACUUAAGGCUUCUACAAAAACGAUACCUGUGCGUUCACCUGUGUGUUCACCUGUGUGUUCACCUGUGUGUAACACACCGUACAUUGUCAGAAAGUCUUCACACCACAUUGAUACCGACAGUCAUGACCGCUCACAACUAGCAAUGAAGUUUGUGGAAGAAGAUGAACCAGUGUUGUCGGUUAAUGAGAUCAGUCAGUCCCAGCAGUUGUGUGAUAAGAAGGAUUCAUCCGAUAUUGGAACACAACCUGAAACCUCACAUUACACGAUAUUCGCAGAAUCGAAUUCGGAAGAACUGCCUGUUGGUUUACAGCCAGAAGCUACCUCGCUCUACACAAUAGUUGCGGAGCAGUCGAUCGAGUCUCGAUUGAGUGCUGACAACGAUAGAGAUAUUCACACGUACUACAAAAAUAUUCGAGAUUCGUCACAGGAAUCUGAACACACGGUCGUUGACAUGAAACAGAAUCGUAACGAAAAUGCGGCGUAUAAAUUUGAAUCUCAAUCAUUUUGCUGCCGUUCCUCAAAAAGCUAUAUAUUAUUAGAUACUUCAAUAUCUAAUCAAAAAAUUGAUGCUGAAUCAGAUGCAGAUCGAAUAAGGUCUUCUGAAACUUAUUUGAUAGAACAGUCCCGUGAAAAUCAGAAAAUCCUUAUAGACACCGGCCAGUCUUGCCAUAAGGAGUAUGGUCACGAUAUGGAAACUCAAGCAUAUUUCGACAUAAUUACGAAAGUGAAGGCUGUUGAAACGUCAGCUGACACCAAUCUGUGCUUCAAAAUGCAUCUUUCACCUCACAAUACGACUUCUCAGUCGACUCUGGUUCAGAGUAUAUACCAUCCCUUCGUUUUUGAAGUGGGCACAAUGUCAUCAACUAAUAAGCAAAAUUCUGUAGGGAUAGCUACAUCAAAACUGAAAACUAAGACGAAUGACAAGUCAGUGAUGAAGUUAGAAAUAGCCACAAUCUCCCGAUCAACGAGUACUGAUUGGCUGACAAGCACCAAGUCAACUGGAAGUUCAGCGGUGAAUUUAAAGAAUAUGUCCCUUGACGCCUACGCCCAGUACUCUACUUAUAGAUGGCUUGGACUAACAAAUACGAAAGAAGUACAAACAGACAGAGAAAUAAAAACAGCUGCGGUUCUCACAUCGUCGAUGCACGUUGACAAGGCUACAGAAUCACAGUCUGUUGAAACCAGUACUUGCAAUUUCUAUAGAAAAAAUAGUCUAAAUUGCUCGUUACCAAAUAAUGAAGUGUUAUCGAAAUCCAACCAGAUUAUGCACUCGCUAACCGUAGCGGCUGUCCAGUGCAACCAGAGCCCUUACAUCCCGCUAACACAGACUCCCUCUACAACCGGCCUAGUUUUAGAAGAUUCACGGCGUAACCACCUAGCACGGUUGAAAGCAAAGACUUCGCGAGAAAACCCGAAGAAGAAACUUGUGGCAAGUGCGCCGGCGCUUUAUGACGUCGAUGACGAUGAGUUCAAAAAGUGGAUCGCCCGGGACCAAUAUAUGAAAACUCCUGACCUAUAUUCAGAGUACGAAGAAGCGAAACUAUCCAAAUUGAUAUCUCGUGCUUGUAAGACGAAGAGGUCGCGAUCGCCUUUCGUCCGAACCGGCCGAAGUUUUUUGAAAUGUGAUGCUCCGUACCCUUUCGAAAAACUAUCCAAAGAUAGUUUUCCCGAUGUUUUUCGCAAAGAAAUACCGGAAAACGAUACGGACAUGUUCCCAGAAAAAAUUACAGCACAUAGCGAUGAAAUUGCCGUACUCCAAAUGCAACCGGUCAUGAUUGACAAGGAGACAUCGGAUGUGGUGUCGAAGAAUUUAAAAGAGUCGAUACUCCAAACGUCGCCAGAUUACAGAGACGCAGAAACUGACUCCCCAAUUUGCAAGCAGAAGUCAGCCGGCGUGCUGACAUCACAAACACUGCUGCGAAACCCAGUGCACUGUUACCCUUAUCCUGAAAUCAAUCCAUUGGAUUGUGUGUUCCUAUACGACCCACUGCCACGCGCGAUAAACAGGUCGAGUUUCGAUACAACAGUUCAAAAAUUUUCAGUGCGUGAAAAUGGAUUCAACACUGUGUAUAACUCCACAAAAGUGGUGAAAAGUAUGAACGUAAUGACUGACGGCGAAACGGAGGCUUUCGGGUUUAUUUCCACUGGAACAAGUACUAGAGCUCCGUUGUUUAAUUCGUCGAGAUUCGACCCUAUGCCCGCGGAAGUUAUCAGAACUUGCUCCAAGAACUACCACGCCCGCGUGUUGCAUCUACCCCACUUCCUCGAUCAAGAUUUCUUAACAGGGGCUGAGGAAGAGCAGGUCAAGAAACCAAUGUUCGGCUCGUGUCGAUACUACAGCAACUUGUUGACCAAACAACUCGUGCGCAUGAAGGAGAAUUUGAAACAUCUGAAAAACGCCGAAGAAUGCGCCCUAUAUCAGCGAGUGUCUAGUAUGAACUGCAAACCUGAACCUGAUUGCACCGCAUGCACCAUGAUACCAAGUGGUCGGGUCGAACUGUGUUGCCAAACAACCAAACGGACUAAAAUUGGUACACCACUCUCAAGGUGCGUGAUGGCUCCUAGCGUCACCAAUAUCGGCGACGGGCAAGACAAAAAGCAUCUCAAAUCCAUCUACUAUAUGCUAACAGCCAUCGAAGGCAGAAUACGAAGGCUGAAACACAAUAUUCCUAAUUGAUUUUGUGGGAUGUCGAUAGAUGUCGCUGUUCACAAUUGUUGUCUAAAGUAGUGCGAGUUGACUAAUUUUUUUUAUCUGUUUUCACAAAUCAUGUUAAAUGAUUGUAUUUUGAUAUUUGAGUAAAAUAGUUAUA